AUGUCUCUCACUAUGGAAGAACCUGUGGCGACUAAAACCAUACACAUCAACGGCAAGAAAAACCCUGCCGUUGAGGACUAUACUGGUGCCUAUCGCUUCGCCCCCAUUCAGGAGGCCGAGGUGUCUCGCGCUAUGAUUAAAAGAUACUUCACCAACAUGAUGGACCGAGCGGUUUCUGACGUCGUCAUCGUUGGAGCCGGAAGUGCAGGACUUUCUUGUGCUUAUAGUCUCGCAUCUCGCCAGCCUGACCUCAAAAUUACAAUCAUCGAGGCAAACGUCGCUCCUGGUGGUGGUGCCUGGCUAGGCGGCCAACUCAUGAGCUCCAUGGUCAUUCGCAAACCAGCCGACGCUUUCCUUCGCGAGAUAGGUGUCCCAUACGAGGAUGAAGGCAACUUCGUGGUGGUAAAGCACGCUGCACUGUUCACAUCGACUCUGCUCUCGCGCGUGCUCGCCUUCCCGAACGUCGUUCUCUUCAAUGCGACCGCCGUUGAGGAUCUUAUCACCACCACCGACUACGAAGGCACGCAACGCGUCGCCGGUGUUGUGACAAACUGGACCCUGGUGGCCCUCAACCACGACACUCAGUCGUGUAUGGACCCCAACACAAUCACUGCCCCCGUUGUGAUCACUGCAACCGGACACGACGGUCCAAUGGGCGCCUUCUCAGCCAAGAGACUUGUGAGUAUGGGACUGAGCAAGGAGCUUGGUAAUAUGCGAGGUCUUGACAUGAACGUGUCUGAACCAGCCAUUGUGAACCGGACACGAGAAGUGGUCCCUGGUCUGGUUAUGGCUGGAAUGGAGCUUGCCGAACAAGAUGGGUCGAACAGAAUGGGGCCAACGUUUGGAGGAAUGAUUGGAAGCGGAAUAAAGGCUGCACACGAAGCCAUCCGUAUCAUCCAGUCCUCAAAAAUCUCUAAUGGCAAGAUUGUGGGCAAAGUGUCGGCCUAA